CAACUCAAGGAAAUCUUCAUUCAAGCCCCAUACCAUACACAUAACAUAAUACUCCCAACUAUCAAUCUUCAUCCACCUCUUACCAUUUCUGAGUUCUUCAUAAUCACCCAUCCAAAAACACCACUAAUCAAUUAAUUAAAAUGGCUAUGGCUACACAAGCUUCACUAUUUACCCCAUCUUCUUUGGCCUCUGGGCUCGUCUCCCUGAAAUCAUCAUCAUCAUCAUCAAGUGUUUCAUUGUCUUCAAAAUCAUCGUCUCGCUUAACCAUCAGGGCUGCAGCAGCAGAAGGGAAAGCGGCCGAGACGAAAGAGGCACCAGCUGGUUUCACUCCCCCGACUUUGGAUCCUAACACUCCUUCUCCCAUCUUUGCUGGCAGCACAGGUGGUCUAUUGAGGAAGGCACAAGUAGAGGAAUUUUAUGUGAUAACAUGGGAAUCACCAAAAGAGCAAAUCUUUGAGAUGCCAACAGGAGGAGCAGCCAUCAUGAGGGAAGGUCCUAACUUGCUUAAGUUGGCUCGUAAAGAGCAGUGUUUGGCUCUUGGAACCAGACUUAGAUCAAAAUACAAGAUUAAGUACCAAUUUUACAGGGUGUUUCCCAAUGGAGAGGUCCAAUAUUUGCACCCUAAAGAUGGUGUUUACCCAGAAAAGGUUAACCCUGGUAGACAAGGCGUUGGUCAAAACAUGAGGUCUAUUGGUAAGAAUGUUAGUCCCAUUGAGGUUAAAUUCACCGGAAAGCAACCUUAUGACUUGUAAAUCGUUAUUUGUGAUUAUGUAGUAUUGGUUGUCAUUGCCUUGGAACAUAUUAUUUGACAUUAUAUCAUUGUACCCUAAUUUGUUUCUUGUUCUUUCUUUUCAAUGUGGAAAAUUACAAUUACAUCAGAUAAAAAGAUACAUUUUAUCGAUAUAGGA